AUAAAUCCAAAUUAAAUGAGCACUCUGCCGUCAAAUGCCCAAGGAAGUACAGCUUACUUGAUUAGUAAUACGACUACGACAAAUCUUUGCGUACCUGAAUCUUUAGUGAGUUGUUGGCUAUCAUCCCUUUUUUUUUUUACUACGAUGGAUACCGAUGUUGAAUCCUGUUUGAAAGAUUGGAACGACCUAGCACAAGAUUACAAGGAAUUAGAAACAUUAAACAAAGAAUAUCUUGCAAAAUUAGAAGAAGUAGUUGAACUUCAAACAAAAUGUUUGAAAGGAAUUUCUCACCAAACAUACAGAAUGAGUGUAAUAUCAAAAUCACUCAAACAAUUACAUGCAAGCGAAACACAAAAAGGAUUAAGCAAAGAAAUGACAAAACGAGAGCAGCAAUUACAUGAAAUAGAACAAACUUUACCAAAACCAAAUGGCACAUAUCUUCAAAUUAUUUUAGGCAAUGUUAAUGUUUCCAUAUUAAAUAAAAGUGAUAAGUUCAAGUAUAAAGAUGAAUAUGAAAAAUUUAAAUUAGUUCUUUCAGUAAUUGGUUUUAUUUUAUCUGUAUUAAAUCUAGUAACUAAUAUCAGAACUUUGGAACUUAGCUUCAUGUUCCUUUUAGUUUGGUAUUAUUGUACAUUGACAAUAAGGGAAAGUAUAUUAAAAGUAAAUGGUUCAAGAAUAAAAGGUUGGUGGAGAUUUCAUCAUUUCCUUUCAACUGUAGUAUCUGGUGUUUUAUUAGUAUGGCCUAACACAGGGCCAUGGUAUGCAUUUAGACAACAAUUUCUGUGGUUCAAUGCUUAUAUCAGUGUAGUACAGUCUCUACAAUUCUGCUAUCAACGAGGUGUUUUAUAUCGCUUAAAAGCAUUAGGUGAAAGACAUAAUAUGGAUAUUACCAUUGAAGGUUUUCAUUCAUGGAUGUGGCGUGGAUUAUCGUUUUUAUUACCAUUCCUUUUUGUUGGAUAUAUGUUUCAGUUGUACAAUGCAUAUAUCUUGUAUACAUUAAUAUCCCAUUCAGAAGCUACAUGGCAUGUUUCAGUCCUUAGUGGAAUGUUUUUGGUAUUAUUUCUAGGUAAUACAAUAACAACAAUUAUGGUAAUUCGUCAAAAAUUAAGAGAACGUGUAAAAUAUCAUUUUCCUGGAGUAUUUGCUUCUAAAUUUGAACGUAAGAAAGAUUCAAAUGGAGAAAAAAAUAUGAAAAAACAAAAUUAAUAAGAAAUUUGUUGUGAGGCGAGUAUGAUAAACAAUUUAAUAAAAUAAAAAAUAAAUGUUUUAUGAAUAAAAAAUAAUUUAAAAGUGAGAAAAAAAAUACAAAUGUCAAAAAGGGGGAAAAAAAUUAUAAAAAAUACAAAUGACAUGGAUAAUAAAUUAAUUCAAAGAAUAGACUAAAAGUAAACAAAAUUUUAAAAUUCUUUCUUUCAUAGGUUGACAUAUUUCUUUCAUUACAUAUUACAUAUAUUAAUAUUAUUUUUAUUAAGCACAAGAUUCAUUUAAUGUACUAGCUUAUUGCAAUAUGAAAAUGAAUUCUUUGGAAGUA